UGAAAUCGGUCGCUACGCUGGCGCAAGUUCAGUCACGCCGAGCUGAAAUUUGAGCAUAUGCAGACUCAAAGGUGCCGCCUAUAGCUGUUUAGCUAAGCCUGCCUCUAGGAGGCGUACCGAGAUGCAAAUUUUCCCUACCUACUCCCUUCGUCUGACCGCCUCGAGAUCUAGCGAUGCUCACCAGAGAUGCUCAUCACAACUCACCGGUUCUAUUGCGAUAAGAAGUAUUCGUCGGACAUCCCCGAAAUCGACGUAUUCCAUGCAUAAUGCCUUGUGCUCAUCCUCCAAGCAAGCAGAGGACUUCGAUGGAAGCGGGGUCGGCACUCCGAUCAUCAGGCUCCAGCCUUUCCUUCCAUCUCGGCACGUGUGCCGAGGCAGGCGUCCAAUCCAUGUGUCGACACUUUAUCUCUAUGAGGUACUGUGUAUUAUUCGCUGCUGCGGUCCCGGACAGAGCCAAUCAAAAAUCCUAUCUCUAUAUCACUCGGGUCUGUGGCGCCUUUUGAUCGGCUUGUCUGGCUCGCUGAAUUGCUUCGCCCUCUGCCGACAAGGGAGGCAUGUGAUACCCACUGCGGCUGCGGCCAGCCGCACAUAGGAGCACCAGUGCGAUAACCACGGCACCUGCUGCUCGUCGACAGUCCACAAAAUCUCUUCGCCUUACUUAAGUCCAUCGUCAGCGACACGUCGCAUAGCUCGGUGUCUUCGAAGUUGAAGACGAUCUACCGCAAAAUAUCGCAAAGGAAAACAACGAAGCAGCCGUCACUGCGCUCGCCCAAACCGCUGAAGGUAGAAAAUCACUUCGGCCUGAUUAAGCUACAUGAACCGAAUGACACAACGAGUGUCAUUGCGGACAUCAUCUUCAUCCACGG